AUGCUGCUCUCCCACCUCGUUUUGACUUGUGCAUUGGCUCUUGAUCUGUGCAAAGCGAAGCUUGCCCCCAAGAAAUUUCAUUCGAUUCCACUGGGCAAGAUUUUGCCCGUCGGAUGGCUGCAGGACCAGCUGCGUGUGCAGACAGAAGGACUCGCAGGACAUGAGCACGAAUUCUACAAGUGGGUGAAGGACACCGACUGGGUUGGCGGACCGGCGGCUUACUCGUAUUUGGAAGAAGCCGGAAGUUACUGGUUUAACUCGAUGGUUCCAAAUGGGAUUCUGGCUAACUCGUCUGUCAUCAAUCAAAAGACACUGGAGUUCCUCGAAUACGUGCUUGACACGCAAGACGAAACGGGCUGGCUUGGGCCAGAAGUGGGUACAGACAAGCGACGUGUCUUAUGGGGACGGUACCCGUUCUUCUUCGGAGCUAUUCAGAUGACGGAGGUCUAUCCCGAGCUUACUUCGCGUGUCGUCGACGCGUUGCAUCGUUUUGUGCCCCUCGCAAACAAAAUGUUGAAAGCAGGAGUGGGUACUGAAGAAUGGGCUCAAACUCGUUGGGAAGAUUUUGUCGUGACACUACAGUGGCUUUACGACAAUCAUCCGAACGGUCAAGAAGAGCUCUUGCUGGACACCAUGCAAGAAUCCAAAUGGAGUGGAAUCCCAUGGGAGCUUGUUUUCUCAGAAAAGUUCUUCCCUAAGAUCGAAGCCGAAAAGCUUGAAAAUCCAUUUCCAGAGUUGUCUUGGCACGGUGUCAACAUUGCUGAAGGACUCAAAGGGCUCCCAGCUACAUAUCGGUUUACGCACAAUCAGACUGGUCAACCUCGAUAUCGCAAGCAGCGGCUGGGAUAUGCUCUUCAAGUAUCAUGGUCGACCGUCGGGAGCUUUUGCAGCGGACGAAUAUUUAGCAGGACUCGAAGCCGUCAGAGGGCAUGUUUCCAUACUAUGCAGCCAACUUGCCUAACACUUGAUAGGACUGAGCUCUGUCUUGUUGUGGAAGCCAUGUUCUCCGGCUCUUACUUAUUCCAAGUGACUGGCGAUCCCAAAUACGCCGAUCAGGUCGAACGGAUGGCCUACAAUGCUUUGCCUGCAACACUUACGGGAGAUAUGUGGGGCCGUCAGUAUUUGCAACAGCAAAAUCAAGUGGCUAGCAAGAACAUGACUCCCAAUCCAUUUCCCGAGGAUGGGCCGUACAGCAAUGUUUUUGGACUCGAGCCUAACUAUCCUUGCUGUACUGUUGACUUUCCUCAAGGAUUCCCUAAGUUCAUCACGAACGCCUUCGUAACGACGCCGAACAACGAAUCACUCGUCCAUGCAUAUCUAGGACCGUUUCGCACCUCUGUUAUCCUUUCACAAGAUAACGUUGUUACCGCCAGCGUAGAAACGCUAUAUCCUUUUGGUGAUAAGUUAACGACCACGAUCACAGCGAGCAAAGCAUUCAGUUAUUUCGUCCGGAUUCCAGGUUGGAUUUCCAGGGGGACCCUCUCAAUCAACGGAGAUCUUCCUCAGCCUGUCGCCCCGAAGAAUGGCCUCCAUCAAGUCUCUAUUCAGGCUGGGAUCACAACGCUUGUGCUUGAACUCCCUUCAGACAUUCGCAUCGAAAGCCGCCCACACCAGUCCGUCGCGGUUCAUCGCGGCCCACUCAACUACGCUUUUGACAUCCCUCGCGUCGAGAGACAACUCGCAGUCCAUCCUGCUGAGCCUCGUGCGGUCGAUCUCGAGUUUACCCCGGCAGAUGCGUGGCAAUAUGCUAUUGACCCGUCAACACUCGCUUUCGUGAACAACCCACCAAGAUCAGGCAUGCUUCCGUCACCCAUAUUCGACUCUGGCCUGCCGCCAGUGACGCUCAGCGUUUCUGCCUGCCGUAUCGACUGGCCGCUUGCGGGAGACAUGUUUGCUGCCCCACCACCACAGAAUCCGAGUUGCUUGGGUGGCAUGAGAAAUAUAACUCUCUGGCCAUUUGGCGCCACCAAGCUGCGUAUUAGCGAGUUCCCUGUAGUACAGAUUCAAAAGUUUGUAGAACAACAGGGCGAUAGCAAGUAA